UUAAUUCAUAAAAGCAUUAAAUGCACAAAUACUAAAACUGAAAAAAUUUAAUCAAGUUGAAAAUAUAGUCUAAUUAACAACAUUUAUUUCUCAGUGUAUUGAAUCACCAAAUUACAUUAUUGCAAAUAGCUAUAUUAAUUACCGAACGGUAAAUUUUUUUGACCAAUUAUACUCUUUUCGAAUAGAUAGAUAAAUCAUCAUGCCGAAUACAGAACCGGAAAGAUAUGAGGAUAUGCGUACCGUUAAACUAUAAUUAACUAUCCGUUCGUUUCUGAAAUGUAGUGUAACUUUGAGAUAGACAUAAUAAUCGCGAAGACGUGAUUACGCUUUCGCACGAGUAAAAGGAGUAGUAAUUAGUCGAAAGUAAUGCAGCGAGCAAAAGCGAUGUUUUCUAAUAACAGAGAGAUCGAUUAGCAUACCGCGCGAGCAUAAUGGAGUUUUAUUGUCGUUUAAGGACAAUAGGCUAUAAAACAGUAAGUAGAAGAUUGACUAACCGCAAUCGCGCCGCAUCGACGUAACUGUAGAUCGAUUUUACGCAAAGGGAACCGGCGCGAUUUUACACGCCCUUCUCGACACGCCCGCGACGCAAGAAAAUUAUACCCUUUGAGUUCUUGACACGUGCGCACGAGAGAACUUGAGUUCCGAGGUUUGCCAAACAAGAAGAAUUUCAUCUCGUCAUGCCGUUGCAACAGAUGCAUUUUCACUUUCUUCCUGUUAACAAUCGAGUUUCUCCGAGUGAGGUAAUCGGAGCCCUUCGGUGAAUGGAGUAGAUCGCAACAGAGAUUUCUUAAAAAAUAAGAGAGCUGUUAUCAUAAAAACUAAACUCGUUAAAGAAAAAAAGAUAUUAAAAAAGCACACAUUAAAUAAUUUUGGUAUUAAGAAUGUUUCUAACUAAAUUUGUAUGAAAUACCGUGGAUAAUUUACGCGAAUGCACGAGGAGUACACAAUUCGAUUCCGCAAUACUACGAGCAUCGUAAUCUACUCCGUUCGCCGGUGCGUUAAUUAAAUGCAGGCGCGAAAACUGCAUAGCGAAGGAAAAGAGGAGAGAGAGAGAGAGAGAGAGAAAGAGAUUCGCAUGCGCGCGGAUUCUCAAAGGAGCGAGUACGAGCUCCUUUGAGCGUGCAAGCGUCACGCAAAGGAGCGAGUAGGAGAAGACAAAGGAGGAAGAGAAGAAAACGGCACAAGCGGAGGAGGCAGAAGAGACGAUCAUAAUGCCGGCUCUGCUGUAUAAGACAAUGAUACAGUUACACGGUGCUCUCAGUUGUGAGUCAAUCGUAAGAAGCACGACACGAGGGGUUCCGUACGCGAAAGUAUAAUGAACCGUGGCAAGGACGACACGCUAAUUACACUCGGACCGUUAAUUAAAGGAACGGACGCUCGUUAAUAUUGCCGGAAGAAGCUAGAAGAUAGACCAUUCGUGCGGAGACCGGAGCGAUCUUCACUUCGCCGUGGGAUGUUGAUCGAUUCGGUGAUCCAGUGAAUACGAAUCUCCCAUAGUGAUCUCCAAAUCGAUUUUUUACGUCGAAAGGUAGACAAAUUUUCUCCACGACGAGGAUUACUUUUGCGACUGCACGACGUGUACGCCGUUUUACGAUUUUUUUUUCUUGAAUUAUACCGUCUGUAAUGUCAUUGGAAAGGCUUUGUUGACAAUUAACGUCCGUAAUCGCGGCGAUCGCUCAUCACGUAUGCGUAUCUUCCGUCGAAUGGACGCUCUUUCAGGGACGUCUCGUGUGAAUGAACCGUGAUUCAUAGAUCGCGGACAGAAUAGAACGCCAGAUAACGGCUAGAAAGCAAUAACUAAAGCGUUCACGUGUGUACUAAUGAGGAUUGGAAGAGUAAACCAAGAUUAAUUGAAACGUAAAUAUACUUCCUGUCACGUUUUUAUUGAGAAUAAAUUAGGUGAUCAUAAUAAUGUAGAAUAAUGAGAAUCAUUUCUAUGAAAACUGUGGAAACAGAAAGUUGCGUACAUUAUGUGAAAGUGAAGUGAGUAUCCUCAAAAUACGAAGACUUUAUUAAAAGCAAUGGGACAUCAGCAGGGAUUUCUCAUUUUUAUCAUCUAUUUCCUGCGAGCCUGUCGAGUAUCGCACUCGAUUGGUCUCACGAUUGAUAAUCAACUUGUAAUAAUCGCGAAUGAUUGCUACACGAGAAUAGCCAUCGGAUUCAAAUUACCGGACACGGAUAUCUUUUCCAACGUUGCGGUCGGUAGCAUUUCGGAAUGCGAGGACGAGUGCUCGAAAAGGAGAAAUUCCUGCAAUGCGUUUACUUUCGGGAUUGGUAUCAAGGGUAACGGAACAUGUGCGUUGAGUGCGAACAUACCUAAGCCUGAAGAACUACAAAGUCACGCCGAUUACGAUGUCUACGUGAGGAGUCAACGUUCGCCACACUGCGAGUCAGAUCGACUUUACAAGAUGGGAAGCGGUGGCAUCGGACAAGAAAGAAGAAACGAAACGGUGCCGACCACGAUAUUCGGAAACGGCCUUUUGGGCCCGUCAAUGCCAAGUUUCCUGUCACCUCCAAGAACCGUGGGGAAGAUGCCUAACUUCAAUGGCCUUUCAUAUCAAGGAGGAUACGUGCCUUCUAUCGACGACGAGCGGCGGAUCAUCGAUAUCGUUAGAAACAGAAAUCCGAUAUCACCCACUAGCAACCCUUUCGAAAUUAACCACGCGAAAGUCGACUAUAAUGAUUUAUAUUUACACUCAAAGCCGACCUUUGGUCAAAAAACUCAUCCACAAUCGAAGUACGGUCGUCCAAAUUUUGGCCCGUCCUUUCAAAAUCCCUUCACCGGUAUCAAUCACUUGAACUUUGAAUCAAAUUUAGAUAACGAUCUUCAUUCAUACAAGGCUCUCACCGUUCAUAACGGACCCUUCGAUAUUUUCUCGAGACCUAUUUUCAUUUACGAUGGGGGCUCCAAAAAUAGAUCUCCGACGGAUUUCGGAUUUUGGAAUAAUUACGAUUCAACGAAGCAUCGCAUCACGAAUCAUUUUGAUAAACAUCAAGAAUUUCUGAAUAACGUGUACAAAAGUCAAGGGAUUAUCACGAAGCCGAAACAGAACGAGUUAGUCGCAGGACAUGACAAUUUUCGCAAAAGCUCUCGUCCUACUAUCAAUUCUUAUGGCUUUGAGACCAAGGAGGCAAAGAUCUCGAACGGAGGAUUCAAGGAUACUUCCAACCUCUGGAAUCCAGGACUGUUAACGAUGUUCAGUGAAUUCGGCGCAAGGAUUCCCGAAAAAUCGAAAUCGUGCUACAGAAGACUGCUAUCCGGCAAGAAAAGCUUGGAUCUGCAUGUCAGACGUGCCAUCGAAUGCGAAAGGAUCGAGGACUGUCAUCGCGCUUGCGACUACGAGAAGCUCUUCACUUGUGAGGGCUUCAAUUAUAGACGCAUUGGACAUGGAGCGAGAGGAAUGUGUGAGAUGACAUCGGUACCUUAUUCUCGUAUGGAUUUCCAUCGGGACUUUAUGUCGGAUCCUCAGUGUGAUUAUUAUGAGAAGGAUCCAAAUUGUGUGAUAAAUACGCCUGAAACGCGGCCACCCUGGUGGAACCAACCGUCCAGACCUGGUCAAACUUAUGGUCCACCUUACUCUCCCAAUGAAAAACCAGAUACAAGACCCUAUGCUCUGGAUCGACGACCCUUGAACGAAGUGCCACGACCUUUGGAUUACGAUCGUCGCCCCUUGAAGGAAAUUCCGCGACCGUUUGAUUUCGAUCGGCGUCCUACGAACGAAAUACCAUCACGGCCUCUGGAUUACGCACCUAGACCUGCGGAACACGAUCGACGACCACCGGUUGGUUACGGAUAUCCUCAACAUGGACUGUAUGACGAUACGUUUGGUCGAAGGGAUUAUCCCAAUUCAGUACGGGGUGGAUACCCGAUGACGAGACCAGAAGAUCGAUUUGCCUACAGCGGCCGAUUUCCAUCUAGACGACCUAUCAACGAUGACUUUUAUAACAGAAACUCGUGGACGGAAUAUCCGAAUAGAAGGAACGAUUAUGAUAUAGGUACAAACGAAAUUGGCUCAUAUUUGCCGGACCAUCGAAAAGAUCCAACUCGCGACUGGGGUUCUUACGGAACCGUUUACGGCGGCUCUUACGGCUACAACACGAAUUAUGUAGGAAAGUUUGACAUACCGAAGUACUAUCCGAAAUCGCAGCCUAAACCACUGCAUCCCUAUGAGAGUGACCAAUUCUAUGGCGAGUUUUACAAUUACGGUGGCGCAUUUGGAUAUGGCGACAAUUACAUGCCGGCUGAUCAGGAUUCGCUUUACGGCGGAAGCGGAAAAACUGAGGAGUGCUCCGUCCGAGCCGGUGCGGGAUUCAGGCUCAGCAGAGGGGUCGUUCGGAAGACAUACCUAACGCCAAAUCUGGAUCAGUGCGAGAGCCUGUGCAUUAACGAGAAGAGCUAUACCUGCAUGAGUUUUAGCUACAGAUACAACGUAGCACCCACGGACCCUACGGACAAUUGUCUUCUUAGCGACGUCUCGUACAAGGAUCUCAACUUUUACGUUGAUCUCGAGCCAGAUCGUGAUUACGAUAUUUACGCCAUGAUCGCCAACUCGAGAACAUGCGGCACGAGGAGAGAACCGAGUUCGCAUCCUCCAGAUGAAUGUUUUUGGAGAGUCAGAAGCGGAUUUGGAAUGCCGACGGAUGUCGUUAGAAAAUCAUCAACAGUCGACAAUCUGGGAGAGUGUCAAGCAGAAUGUAUGACAACACAAGACUUUAUGUGUAGAAGUUUUGCGUUCAAGUACGGACAAUCGGAACAAGGACAAUCGGAUUUAACUAAUUGUUACCUAAGCGAUUGGCCGUCGCAAGAUAUCAACCCUACUAAUAUGCCGGACAUGGACGGCGCGGAAUUAUACGAAAGAGGUAGCUUUGGCAGAGGAUGCGAACCUUACGCUGUACCAUUCUUUAAUAUGGGACGUUUCAAUGGCAAACCAGGAAACGAAGUAUGCUAUUCUGGAUAUACUAAGCCUUGUAAAUUGACACCUUAUGCUGUUCUCUUCGCAACGUAUGUAAAUUCAGAACAGGAUUGUCGGCAAAAAUGCUCGAGAAUGAGAGAAACUGAUUCCGUUCCUUGCAUGUCCUACAGUUACAAGCUCACUACGCAUGGCACACGAGAGAAUUGUUUGCUCAGUGACGUACCUAUAAGGGACUUGCGACCGGGUUUAGAUUACAUUUAUGACAACGAUCACGUUCUUUACGCGUGGAAGGAUCUGGAUCCUUAUUGUAUGGUCACUGGUUAUCCGCUCAAUGACGAUCAUGUGUUUGAUAGACCACACCCGUUGAAGCCACAGUCUCCAGACUAUUCGCAACCAGACUUUCCCGGCAGAUACCCGAAUAAGAGACCCGAUAUUUAUAUUGAUCCAAGACCUUUCUUUACAAAACCGGGUAUUGGAGUGAGACCAUUUGAUCCUGAUAGACCUGAUCCUAGCAAACCGUACUCUCCUGGUGGUUAUGGAUAUGGUUAUGGUGAUAAAUUCGGAUAUGGUGGAUUCGGAUCUUUUUAUCCGGAUGAAUCGUCGACCUUCCAACAUUACACGGUAAAUGGUUACCCGUGUAAGAAAGGUACAAAAUGCGAAAAAAAUAAAAUUGCUGGAUUUUGGGCGUGUGAGACCGAAGGAGGCGAAUUCGACAGCUGGGAUUAUUGCUGUGCGCCGACUCAGCAUUGCGGCUAUUCACAAGGAUAUCAUUAUCCAUGGUGCUACGUGGGAUUGUCGGAAGAUCAAUGGCGUCCUUGCAGCGAAAAGUAUUAUCCCUAUCUCCCAAGUCCACGACCGAACCACCCGAUGAUUAGCAGUGAGGAUCGCUACGAUCGUCCCAAUCAACCGUAUGAUGCUGGUUACUACGGUAGACACUGGCCGAUCACGUAUCUGCAUCGGAAACCACCGCCGAACUGCACGGACUCGAUCGCGUCCGCCGACAACAGCGGAAAUCGUCGUUUGAACGAAACAAUCUCGACUACAAUCGAAACACCAAGAAGCACUACCGCAGUUAUCAAGAAUAACGAAAAUAGUACCACGAUCGCGAACAAAACGCGCCGGCGACGGUUACGAGUGCGCACAGCCAAUGACACGCAAAAUGAUCGUAACGCGAUCUUCUCGCAAAAGAUCGGGUCACAGAUCAUUGCAAAUGAUGCGACGCAAGUUCAUGAUAAACAGACGAAUCGAGAUCGCACUGGGAAAAUCGAGCGAGUUUCAAGACCGACGAACACCGUGCUUCCCACAAAAACCGUUGCGUUUGUGACGACGAACUACGUCGACGACGCGCAUUUUGAAGACGCGAAAAGUAGCGACGGAAUGAUCAAAGUGCCUCUGAUCGCGUCAAAUAAUUCACUGCCAGCAGCGGGAGCUUAACUAUACGUGGCGAACUUGAGCGCUCCGCCAUAGUCCCGCUAUCAGAGAAGCGGUAGGCUUCAAUAUCGGGACGAUACUAUGUAAAAGUCAAAAUUUUAAUGAGAUAAGUCAUGAGAAACAGUUUAAGAUAACUAAAAUAUAAUAUUAUGUUAUGUUUAUUUAAGGAAUAUGAAAGUUAUAUUUAAAAUUGAGUUAAUUAAUGAUAAUUAGUUUUGUAAAUAUACAGAUAUAUAUAUAUAUGAAGAUUCUGAAAAUACAAAUAUAAAAUUGAUUUUUGCUUCACGCAACAAAAACGUCGAUAUCCGUAUUAUUACACUUAAAAUUGAAUGUCACUAUUCAAUAAGAGGCAAUCAAAGAGAAAAUUAUCUUGCUUGUAAUUAUACCGCAAUUCGGUGCAAUGUAUAGCACAAUGUACAAUCAAAUACUGCCGCAAAAAAUGUUUUUAACGUUUUUUUUUAAAUUGUUUUAUGCAUAUUAUUUCGCAAAACGCGUGACUGCGCCUCACUGUUCGCAAAUAAAAAUGAUAAUUUAAAUGCUUUCUUAUUUUUGCGUUUUUAAACUAUGGACCAGGCUAUACCUAUGGACCCUAAGGGCUGAUUCUUCCAACUUCUUGGUAAACUUGUUGAAUAAAGCUUUCCAAUAAAUUGAAACAAAUCUUAAUGAAUGUGUAGACAUUUAUCUAGAUGUAGAUAAUUUACGACAUAGUUUAUCAGGAGAUGGAACAACCGCCCUAUAUUGUAUUUAGCCAUAUUUAUCUAUUGAAUAAGAUAGUUUAAUGUAUAGUUUAUUCGAAGGAGAUAUAACGAGCCUUAUGUAUCUCAAUUGUAAAACUAUCUGAACAACAUUCCUAUCGUAAUUUAAUUCAUAAUUGUAAUUAACUUCAGUGCUUCAUCGUUUGAUAAUUAAUUGUAAAAAGAUUUAUAUAAUAAAGAUUUAUUAUUAUAUCA